GCUCGCGCUUGCGGAUCGGCGGCGCCGUGGGUUAGCAGUGUAAUCUGCAGCUCUCUGAGCCAGCUGUGCCAGCGCUGCGCGAUCUCUACGUCCAGCCAUGCGCAUAAUGGCUCAUGGUGCCAUGAUGCUGGCAGUGGCAGCAAGCGUCGCAGCGCUGCGUGCCGCGGCACCAGUGAGGACACCGCUCACGCUGCGCAAAGCGAGCGCUGCCGACGCCAUUCGCGACGCGCUCUCGUUCGCGCAGCGCGCCUCUCCCGCCACCGCGGACGAUCGCCUAGCGCACUCGAUGCGGGCGCGCGAUCUUACGGAGGACGAGCUGCGAGCGGUGCUCGUCGGGCGCGGCGUCGACGAAGCGGCGACGGCGGACGUGCCGCGCGGGAUCCUUGCAGACUUGCUGGGCGAACUGCGCGCCGCGGACGACGCGCGCAGCGCCGCAAAGGCGCUUGGUACCGCGCCGUCGGCUCCACGCGAGUCGCUGCUGCCUUCUCUGGACGCGUCGCCGCCGCCGACUCUCCGCGACGUCGUCGCGCCUGACGCGUUGCGCCAGGGACUCGGAACCGCGGCCAGCGCCGCGGCCAGCGCCGCGGCUCAAAUCGGGCUCGGCGACGUCGUGGACGACGCGACGCGCGCUGCUAAGAAUGUCGCUUCUUCCGCGCUGCGGUCCGAGGCGGCGGCGCCGGUUCGCAGAGCGGCGACGCAGGCGGCCGCGAGCGUCGCAGCGGAGAGACCGCGCGAGACGGCGCGCGCGGCCUGGACCGCCGUGAAGCAAAAGAAGCCGCUGCGGCGGCUCCGGCGGCUUCCUCGCGCGAUCGUCCGCGGUUCGUCGCGCGCGGCGGCCGCGGGCUUUCUCGAAGCGACGACGGGCGCGGCGCGGGGCGCGGCGGCGUGGGCUGGCGCGGGCGUUGUCGGGCCAGGGCCAGUGGUCGUUGUCGUGAGCGCUGCGGCGAUUCUUGGCCGAGGGCGCCUCAUCGCGCCUUUGUCGGCACUCGUGGCGUUGCGCGUCGUCGCCGGCGGGCUCGCGGCUGGCGAGGACGAUGACGACGGGGGCGGCGAGUAA